CGGAAGUAGACCAAGGAGCGCCGUAAAAGCGCACGCAGUCUGUCAGGCUGUCAGACUGGAGCCAGGAUCCUGGUGCAAGGGCUGCUGGUGUCUGUGCGAGCUUAUCCAGCCUGUCUGCUAUCACUAUGGCGCGUGUGGAAACAUCUUCAAGCAGGCCGUACCAUCUGGUUAUCUUCGGAGCCUCCGGGUUCACGGGUCAGUUCGUGGUGGAAGAGGUGGCCCGGACGGCGUCCGAGGGUCCAAAGGGGAGCUUGAAGUGGGCCGUGGCCGGUAGGAGCAAACAGAAGCUGGAAAAAGUUCUGGAGCAGGCCGCCGGAGCCCUCAGUAAGCCUGAGCUGAGGGCGGAGGUGGACAUCAUCGUGGCAGAUGUCGGGGAACCAGACUCCCUUGCAGCCAUGUGCAAACAGGCUGUGAUUGUUCUCAACUGCGUUGGGCCUUACAGAUUCUAUGGGGAGCCAGUGGUCAAAGCCUGCGUGGAAAAUGGAGCACACCAUAUUGACAUCAGUGGGGAGCCUCAGUUUCUGGAGGGCAUGCAAUUGAACUACAGCAGCCAGGCAGCUGAAAAAGGUGUUUACAUCAUUGGGAGCUGUGGAUUUGACUCCAUUCCUGCAGACAUGGGGGUCCUCUACACCAGAAACCAGUUCAAGGGCACACUGACCGCCGUGGAGAGCUUCCUGACUGUCAGUGCAGGAGCUGAGGGCGGGUGUAUCCAUGAUGGCACAUGGCAGUCAGCCAUCUAUGGAUUUGCUGACAGCCAGAAGCUUCAGAGUCUUAGGAGAAAGUUUAAUCACAAACCUCUCCCCACGGCUGGCACAAAGCUUAAACGCAGGGGAGCGUUGUUCUACAGUAAUGAGCUCCAGCAGUACUCUGUGCCCUUCAUGGGCUCAGAUCCCUCUGUUGUGAAGAGAACUCAGCGCUUCCUGGCAGAGGAAUAUGAAGCCACUCCGGUCCAGUAUGGAGCAUAUGCAGGAAUAGGAGGUAUCGGAAACAUCAUCAAAAUGUUGUUUGCUGGCAUGAUGUUCUUGUUCUUGGUCAAGUUCAGUUUUGGACGGAAUCUGCUCAUCAAAUACCCAGAGUUCUUCUCCUUUGGAAUGUUUUCGAAGGCUGGACCAACUAGGAAGCAGAUGGAGGCUUCAUCCUUCCAGUUUACCUUCUAUGGAGAGGGCUACACUGAGGAACAGGACACCUCCCAAGGAAAACCUAAUGCGAAAAUCCGCACACGGGUUCAAGGACCAGAGGCUGGAUAUGUGGCCACGCCCAUCGCCAUGGUUCAGGCUGCUCUAACCCUUCUCAACGAAGCUGCAGCCGUGCCUAAAAAGGGAGGAGUUUAUACUCCAGGAGCUGCGUUUGCAAAGACCACACUAGUCGACCGCCUCAACAAGCACGGCAUCCAGUUCUCUGUCAUCUAAAGUUUGUUCUCUCCCUCCUGCUGUUCUCCAGGUUUUUGUGAGCACUUACUAAUAUGCAUAACAGGAAGUGAAAAGUUUCCAACA